GUGGGGCGGUAACCGCUGGCUUGCCCCUCACCUCCCCCUCCACCCCGCCCUUGGCGUACACUUUCCCGACGCACCACGUGGGUGGUAGGCGAGGAUGAGGGGGAGAGGUCGCCCGAAUUCUAGCCUCAUUGGCUGUCGCGAUACCGGCUCUCGCAAAGCAGCGCACUGAUUGGUCGGUAAAAGAGGUGUCCGGGAAGUGGGGGUGUCUUUGAGUCCCAAAGGCUUCUCUGAUUGGUUAGACAGGUAAGUUAUUGAGGCGUUUCCUUGCGCGAGGGGUUUUGAUUGGCCAGCCAGAGAGGUUACCUGGAAAUCCUCCCUCCCUCCGGGGACUUCCUUAGAGCAAACCCACGAAAGUGACAGGAGGAGCUCCUGCCCAGGACCCAAAGAUGCUGUGACUGGAAGAUGGGCUCUCGCAACAGCAACAACGCAGGAUCCGGGUCCAGAGACCCAUCGGAGGGUCUGUCCCGGAGAGGGGCUGGCCGGUGGCGCAGUGAAGAGGAAGAGGAAGAGGAUGAAGAUGUGGAUCUGGCCCAGGUACUGGCCUAUCUCCUCCGCAGAGGCCAAGUGAGGUUGGUGCAGGGAGGAGGUGCAGCAAAUUUGCAACUCAUCCAGGCCCUCUCGGACUCAGAAGAGGAGCAUGACAGCGCCUGGGAUGGCUGUCUCGGGGAUCGAUACAACCCGCCUGUGGACGCCACCCCUGACACCCGGGAGCUGGAACGCAGUGAGAUCAAGACACAAGUGCAUUUGGCCACCGGGCGACUGGGACUUGGGCGGGCAGCCCAGGAGCACAGCUUUCCUCGCAUGUUGUAUCAAAGAGAACGGGGCCUCUGCCACCAGGGAAGCUUCUCCCGUGGAGAACAGUCUCGGAUGAUGUCUCACUUCCUGCCCAAUGAUCUGGGCUUCGUUGAUAGCUACUCUCAGAAGGCUUUCUGUGGCAUCUACAGCAAAGAUGGUCAGAUCUUCAUGUCUGCUUGUCAAGACCAGACAAUCCGACUGUAUGACUGCCGCUAUGGCUGCUUCCGUAAGUUCAAGAGCAUCAAGGCCCAAGAUGUAGGCUGGAGUGUCCUGGAUGUGGCCUUCACUCCUGACGGGAACCACCUCCUCUACUCCAGCUGGUCUGAUUACAUCCACAUCUGCAGCAUCUAUGGGGAAGGAGACACACACACUGCCUUGGACCUGAGGCCAGAGGAGCGCCGCUUUGCUGUCUUCUCUAUCGCUGUGUCCUCGGAUGGACGAGAAGUGCUAGGAGGGGCCAACGAUGGCUGCCUGUAUGUCUUUGACCGAGAACAGAACCGGCGCACCCUGCAGAUCGAAUCCCAUGAAGACGAUGUGAAUGCCGUGGCCUUUGCUGACGUAAGCUCUCAAAUCCUGUUCUCUGGGGGUGAUGACGCCAUCUGCAAAGUGUGGGAUCGUCGCAGCAUGCGAGAAGAUGACCCCAAGCCCGUGGGGGCACUGGCCGGCCACCAGGAUGGCAUCACCUUCAUUGACAGCAAGGGUGAUGCACGGUACCUCAUCUCCAACUCCAAGGACCAGACCAUCAAGCUCUGGGACAUCCGCCGCUUUUCUAGCCGGGAAGGCAUGGAGGCUUCCCGCCUGGCUGCCACACGGCAAACCUGGGACUACCGCUGGCAGCAGGUGCCCAAGAAAGCCUGGCGGAAGCUGAAACUCCCAGGGGACAGCUCCUUGAUGACCUACCGGGGCCAUGGGGUACUGCACACCCUCAUCCGCUGCCGAUUCUCCCCCAUCCAUAGCACCGGCCAGCAGUUCAUCUACAGUGGCUGUUCCACUGGCAAAGUGGUUGUGUACGACCUCCUGAGUGGCCAUAUCGUGAAGAAGCUCACCAACCACAAGGCCUGCGUGCGAGACGUCAGCUGGCACCCCUUCGAAGAGAAGAUCGUCAGCAGUUCGUGGGACGGGAACCUGCGUAUGUGGGAGUACUGCCAGGCUGAGUACUACGAGGAUGACAUGCCGGAGGCCAGCGGGGGCCCCAGCAUGCCCUCCCCAGAGCGCUGCCCCACCACACCCUUUUCUUCACCCCAGUAGAACAGACCCCAGACCCCAGCAGGGUGGAGUUUGCAGCCAGCUCUUUGCUGUCUCCUCCCUAUCUCCUGUCCGGGGAAUAUGUGGAGGAGUCACUGAUAUUGGGUGGGAAGGGACAGAAGCCCAGGCCAUGGGCCUCAGCUGAAUCUCGGAAGAGCCUACCAAUAGGCUGUGCCAUCUCCUCAUUCACUCAUGUCCAGGUGGUUUGGGUCCCUGGCUCUGGCCACAGUCUGCCAGGACUUGCUGUUAUCUGGGCUGUGACCUGUGCCGGUGAGAACUGUCUUGAAUAUUUUUAAUCAUGUUUGGAUGUUAGCUUUUGGAUCCUAAUGUAGAUGCCUGGGGCCAGGCCCAUUGACCUGGCCAUCACGUUGAGAAUUGGACCAGCCAGUCAGAAGGCCAGGUAUCCUGGUCUUUCUUCUGAGGGCUUUACCUCAGCACCCUCCUGGCAUGGGGAGCGGGUUUCCUCUCAUGUCUGAAUUCCCAGGGUGAGAGACAGGAGUCUCCAGGAGUUCCCUGUGGCUCCACCGCCAGCAGGCCCUGCCUUCCCAGGGGCUGCUGCCAGUGUGGAGGCUGAGAGCAAUAAAGAGAAAGGUUGCAAUGGAACUGCAUAGUCCUGUCACUGGCAGGGACUCCCUCAAUAAAUUCGCUGUGGGAACCUG